AUGGAAAAUUCAUCUCUAAACACACCUUCACAGUGGGAUAUACAGGACCCAAAUCGGGAGAAAAGCUCAAAUAAAUUUGCAGUGAAGGUAAUACAAGAGCGCGGAGAGAAUACUCCCAACUCUGCACGCAAAAGAAGAUCCAUUCACUGGUGGUCCACAGAAAUAAACAAAAUGAGGAAAAAAGUAAUACACUUACGCAGAAGGUAUACGAGAAAGAAGCCUAGGCAAGCAGACACGGAGUGUACUGAAGAAUACGAGGAACGGAGAAAUGCUAGACUGGUAAUGUCCAAAUAA